AUGGAGGAGCUAGAGACUGGAGAGGUUUCUGGUGCUGAUGGAUUUGCUCUGGCACCUGAUGUGCAUGCCAGCAGCCAUCUCAUCGGGGGACCUGGACGUCACUGUCACCAUAGAGACAGCAAUGAGGAUUCGGUUUCAAAAGGUGAAGAGAAGCUGGAAAUUAGGAAGAAGUUCCAGCAGAAGGCUCUGAAGCAAACUAAGCAGAAGAAAUCCAAGUCGGCUGAAUUUCUGAUGGUAAAAGAAGAGAGAGCAGCAACAGAAGGCAUUGAAAAUCCAGCUUUUAACAUCAGCAGCACAGAUCUUUCAGCAUAUCAGUCUUCAGAAGAGAAAGUUAUUAGAUAUGACAAGCCAGAUAGCACCCUUGCAGAUCACCAACAAAAACUCAGGCUGCAAGCCCAUGCUGAACCAAGAGGAAAUGAAUACAGCAGAAAUUACUUUGACCCGUUGAUGGAUGAGGAAAUAAACCCAAGGCAGUGUGGGAUGGAGGUCAGUGAAGAAGGUGAGGCAGAAUUAAAUCCUGUGAAAUCUGAUGAGCAAAUCCUGUAUGGUAAACUGAUGAAGCUUUUAAAUGAAGAAAACAAGAUGCUGGAUCUCCAAGCCUGUGUCGCCGGUGAAGAUUUUCCAGACUCUGUGAUGCCUGUCAGCUCCAGUAAGGCAUGUGACCUUCACAGGGAGCUUGAAGAUGAAGAAAUUCCUUCAUAUAUUGAACAGUUUGAGAGCAAUGUUCAGGAUGACAUAAUUCUGCUUGGCAGCUUUUCACUGGAACAGCUGUAUGCAUCAUGCAUAGGAGGUGGUUUGGGGAAUAUUAUUCAGAGAACACGAAAUGAGGGGGAAAACAUGAGGGAAAAGGACUUGGAUGGUACUAAGAGCGUCAUCUGCCUCGAGGGGCUGAUGGAUCUAGACAAUGCUGGUGUCAUGAUGAGAAGCAAGCGCUUAGCUAUGUGUACGAUGGUGUAUGCCAUUGAGAAAAAGCACUUGGGUUUAUUCCAGUGUGGUGAACUGGUACUUGCUGCAGCUGGGACAGGUCCCCUAUGCCUGCGGGAGCACAUCUCCGUGGGGCAGCUGGGGAGGAACAACCUGACCUUCUCUUGGUGCUUUCCCGGGUGGCUACAGCCCCCACUGGACUGUGGGAAGUCGCACAAGGGUUGGUCCUAUCACCCUAACCAUACAGCUACCAGCUCUGCUGGAGCAGAUUCUGGACCAGAGCCAGCUCCCAACCCUUCCUGGGGAAGCAGCGUAGGUGUUCUUCCCUCUUCCCCUUCUAACUGCUACAGAGUGGGAAGUCAGCCACUGAAAGCAGAAGACAACAGAUGUGAAGAAGAAACGGUAGCCAGCUUUGGUAACUUUGCAGGUGUGAAUAUUGGAUUAAAUGGAGCAGCAGGAUCUUGUGGGAAGGUUGACUGCUCCAAGACACCACAGCCGAUAGAAAUUCACAUCAAAUGCCUGAGGGGAGUCAAAGAUAAGGUCCCUAAAGGCCACUACACCCUCAAAGUUUCUGUUUGCGGCCGCUUAGGUAGUGGCUUGCUGGAGUGGCCCAAACUGAAGGAGCAGCCUCAGGCCAGGACAACACUGCCUGUUAGUCACAAUGGAAACUUCUACAAUACUGAAAUCUACUUCGGACAAAGUAUCCAGACAGUUCUGCCACCUAGAAAAGCUGUGAAGCCAGGCAUGGUCUUCCUCUUUGAACUCUUCCUCCUUGGUGGGACCUGUACUUGGAUUGAUCGGGAAGUGGGAUGGGGAGCUUUUCCCUUGUGUGACAACAAUUUUAACACUUUGGAGGGAAAAUUUAAAUGUCCCUUUCUCAGAGGCCAUUAUGACAUCAAAGUUGACAGAUUUAAAAAAAUCGAAGAUUUUAUUUCUCAAGACUUGGAUCAUUGGUUAUGCAAUCUCUACUUUCAGGUAAUUAAACUACCACAGGAUUCAGAUAAACAAAGUAAGUGUGACACGUACCUUCAUCUCCCACCUGAGCUUCUUGUGUAUUCAAGUGCUGCUGAAAAGAAUGGUGUUUCAGAGAAGGUUGAACAGUCUGGACCACAAGGGCAACCUCUGACCUCCCUGAAAGAUCCUGACACCCAUAGGGGAAGUAUUCCCACUGUUGUAAAGGAAGUGGAAAAGCAGUUUAAUGCUGCUAAAGGAGGAGAAGUGUGUGUGACAGAAGAAGCUGGGAGGAAAAGAGACGAGCUUAAAAUGCUUCCAGCAGAGGAUGACUUCUACCAAGAUUGCUGUGGCAGUGCAGAUGGGCAGUGUGGCUCAUUUCAGCCAAAGGGAGUCCAAGGAGGACAUCACAAGUAUGCGGAUGUCCAAAUUUUUGUGCUGUUGGUGUGCACCACAGGAAAAAACAAGCAGGUGGAGGAAGGCUGGAUGACUUCUUCUGGUGUAAGCACGAGCUUACGCUUCCUUGAGAAGUUCAACUGGAAUAAUCCACCCGACCAACGUUAUCAAGAGAAAUCAGAUCCUGGGAAUAAUGCAAGCCCAGAAGAAGAGCAAGCAUCUGUAGAGAGCAGUUUUUACAUGGAGGAGUUAGAGAAAUACACUUUUUCUGUAUGCUGCCGUUCUGCUGCUGAAGUGAAACUGUCCAGGCGGAUUAUUGAGCAUUUCCAUUUCGUGGUAUAUGCAGCUUUCUCAGAACUGGGAGCCGCACGCUGGUGCUCCAGGGACUUCUGGCUGCUUGUGCUGCUGGUAGUUUUGCUGUGGUUCAUGAGACUUUACCUGCAUUAUUUGAGCCAAUGGCUUUUCCUACAGAGCAUCUCAAUUCCUGUUACAAAAUUCCAGCUUUUCCCUCACACUGUUGAACUGUGCUACCAGAACUCCUUGCUGCAGACCAGUGAAGAAUUGGUCAUGGUUGUGGUGGGACCCCUAACCUUGAACGCAGGGCUGCUGCUUAUGAUCCUGAUCAGAUGGGGCUGUCAGCAGCUGUUUGACUCAUUUCCUUCCUUCUUGUCAAAGUUUAUCAUAGCUAUGGGACUCUGGACAGUGCUAGACCCCUUGGCAGUGUUUGUAGUGGAUUCAUUCCUGGGGCGACUUGGGAAUGGUGUAGAGAAACCCAUUGCUGAUGCUGCAAAGCUCUACUGGGUCUUUCUAAGAGCAGAGGAGUCAGGGAUUCCUGGUGCCUUGAUCACUGUGGUGCUUUAUACAAUUCUGUUCAUCAUCUCAUCAACAGUGUUGUACCUAUACUUUUUAAGGCUACAUAGCGAAGGCUGGCUGUUGGAUGUAUUUCAUCGAAUUCAUGGUGAGGAAGGCACAUUCUUUGUUCCACUGGACUUGGAGAUUUCUAGUCAGGAGCUGAGCUACAUUAUGAAGAGGGCUGAGCAGUGGAGAGGAAUCAACGGUGAAAGACGGGUGGUGAGUGACAAGCAGAGUCUCUAAAAGGAGUCUGUGACAUACUGGCCGAAACUAAUGCUUGGUAUUUCAGGGUAUUACCUAAAAGUACCUAGAUAUAUAAGAAAAU